CUCCCCCUCCGCCUCCUCCGCUCCGGGCCAGCGCGGCGGCGGUGGCGGCAGCAGCAGCAGCAGCCCCGGCUGCGGGUCGCGACGGCGGCGGGGCGCCCCCUCCCCCGUGCCGGGGCGCGGCGAAGGGAUGUGGGGCUUUGCGGGAGGAAGGCUUUUCGGCAUCUUCUCGGCCCCGGUGCUGGUGGCGGUGGUUUGCUGCGCCCAAAGCGUAAACGACCCCGGGAACAUGUCCUUUGUGAAGGAGACGGUUGACAAGCUGUUGAAAGGCUACGACAUUCGCCUGAGACCCGACUUCGGGGGUCCCCCAGUCUGCGUGGGGAUGAACAUCGACAUCGCCAGCAUCGACAUGGUUUCUGAAGUCAACAUGGAUUAUACCUUAACUAUGUAUUUUCAACAAUAUUGGAGAGAUAAAAGGCUCGCCUAUUCUGGGAUCCCUCUCAACCUCACGCUUGACAAUCGAGUGGCUGACCAGCUCUGGGUGCCCGACACAUAUUUCUUAAAUGACAAAAAGUCAUUUGUGCACGGAGUGACAGUGAAAAACCGCAUGAUCCGCCUCCACCCUGAUGGGACAGUGCUGUAUGGGCUCAGGUCUGUCUGCUCUGCAGGGCUGCUGUAUGGGCUCAGGAUCACCACCACAGCAGCGUGCAUGAUGGACCUCAGAAGAUAUCCACUGGAUGAGCAAAACUGCACCCUGGAAAUUGAAAGCUAUGGCUACACCACGGACGACAUUGAAUUUUACUGGCGAGGCGGGGACAAGGCUGUCACUGGCGUAGAAAGGAUCGAGCUCCCACAGUUCUCCAUUGUGGAGCACCGUCUGGUCUCCAGGAAUGUUGUCUUCGCCACAGGUGCCUAUCCUCGACUCUCAUUGAGUUUUCGGUUGAAGAGAAACAUUGGGUACUUCAUUCUCCAGACGUAUAUGCCCUCAAUACUGAUCACAAUCCUCUCGUGGGUGUCCUUCUGGAUCAAUUAUGAUGCAUCUGCUGCUCGAGUUGCCCUUGGGAUCACCACCGUGCUUACCAUGACAACCAUCAACACUCACCUUCGGGAGACUCUACCCAAAAUCCCCUACGUCAAAGCCAUCGACAUGUACCUUAUGGGCUGCUUUGUCUUUGUAUUCCUGGCCCUUCUGGAGUACGCCUUUGUCAACUACAUUUUCUUUGGAAGAGGUCCCCAAAGGCAGAAGAAGCUUGCGGAGAAGACAGCCAAGGCCAAGAAUGAUCGUUCCAAGAGUGAAAGCAACCGGGUGGAUGCUCACGGGAAUAUUCUAUUAGCAUCUCUGGAGGUUCACAAUGAAAUGAAUGAGGUUGCAGGCAGCGUUGGUGACACCAGGAAUUCAGCAAUAUCCUUUGACAACUCAGGAAUCCAGUAUAGGAAACAGAGCAUGCCCAGGGAAGGGCAUGGGCGGUACAUGGGAGACAGAAGCAUCCCGCACAAGAAGACCCACCUACGGAGGAGGUCUUCACAGCUCAAAAUCAAAAUCCCUGAUCUAACCGAUGUGAAUGCCAUAGACAGAUGGUCCCGGAUCGUGUUUCCAUUCACCUUUUCUCUUUUCAACUUAGUUUACUGGCUGUACUAUGUUAACUGAGUGACUGUACUUGAUUUUUCAAAGACUUCAUUUAACACUGAGUGAAAUAUUACCCUGCCUGUCAAGUUUUUAUACCAAUACACACACACACACACACACACACACACACACACACACACAAACACACACAUAUACACACAAUUGUAUAUAUAUGUGAACUUUCUCAGCAUAUAUAUAAAAUACACGUCUAUAUGAGAAUGUAUGUGUAUAUGUUUAUGUACGCAGGUGUGAGUAUCUGUGUAUGUAAAACAAAUACGCAUACAUACCAUACAUUUUGCAACUAUGGACAAUUUAACACAGGAUGCAUAUUAAAGAAAGUCAUAGCUUUUUUCUUUUUUAAUUGAAAGGGACAAGUAUCUAAAUAUUAUGCCUCAAGAAUGAGGGCGUGAAACACAGUCAUCCCAAAGUGUGUCUUUUAUUAUUAUAAAUUAGAUAUUUUUGCUUAAAAAUCAGAACAGAAUUCUUAGUUAAUCUUUGGGAACUCCCACAGCAGUAGUUGUACACCUCAUUCCCUCUCUUUCAGUUUGCAGCCAAGGCUUGUUGGCUUCUCUGUGAUGGACUUGUUUCAUCAGGUAUGCUUUUCUGUAGUGGAUUAGCACAUGAGGUGAGUCGCUGGCAGAGCACUUACCUGGUUUUUACUGGUAGGCAGCUCCCAUGGUCAUGUCUGAAUGUUCAUCUUUAAAAACUCACUGGGAGUAAACUGUGUCCCUUUGUAAGUACUCCACCAUCUCGUACAUGUGGGGAUUUCUGUUAACAUUAAGUGGGUCCAGCUUAACUGUCUUGUGGGAGUACAGUGGCACAUUUUGAUAAUGACAUUCAAUCACUAGAAAUGUGCUCUACAUCUCGUCCAGAUUUCUAGGUCUGCUAUUUAAACUGGAAGCAUAGAUGUCUCAGGUUCUUUGUUACUCUAAGGUAAAACCAUCUAAAGUGGUUUCCCCCCUUGCAGUUAUGUUACCAUUCUUAUAACAUUGUAUGUUAAUAUAAAUAUAUUUGCAUAAUAUGCAUACAUAUGUAUAUUACCAAGAUUUUGUUUCUUCUGCUUGCUAUCAUGGCAGCAUGCGACGUCAUAUUUUUCAUUCUGUGCUGUAACUACUUUCUGUUAUCUAGAAAUUAAGAUUGAAUCUAAAAUGUUUCUACUGUUCACUUUUGGAAACUUAAAAAACAUCCUCACAGCCUUUAUUUCUGUACUGACAUAUCUCAUAAGCACACCCAAUUCCUCCUAGACUGACUAGGAUUUUGCAGGAACACUACCAGUACACACCACGAUCACACAACAACCCAUGACCGUUCCUGAGGCAACGAGGGCAACCUGACACAAACACAGUCUCCUUUGGUUCCUUCUGAUCCACAGCCUCAUCAGUAUUUGGACUUUUUAAAGCUCGUAGAAACAAGACAAGGUGCACCGGUUUCAUAGACGCAACCUUAACUUACUAUUUAGAUGAGCUCUUUCUAAAGAAAAACAAAGAUGAUAUAUUUUUUGUAAACUAUUUCUAUCACAGGCAUCCAUAAAACGACUGCAGUUGUGCAAACAGGUGUCACAGCGAAGCAUUUGGAAGACAGGAUAAAAAGCAAAACAUGCAGUAAAGAACUGCAAAAUUAAUAACCCCCAAAUCCCACACAUGUCACCCUCAAGUCUGGCACCAUAAUUUUUCAUGAAGGCAGCACCAUCACCCUCCCCAAGAUGUGUGUGGUGUGGCCUGUCACCAUGGACUGACACUACUUUAUUUUUUGGUGGCCAUAGCAAUCUUUAAUAUGUGGGAGUUUGACUGUUCAAAAUCCAACAUUAAAUAAAAGCUUAAUCUAUAAAAUCUCAUGUGAGGGAUGGUUACUGAUUUUUAUGCCCUUUGCCUCCUCCAUUCCUGUCUGCUAAUUCUUCCAAUUAUUGCUCUUUGUUUUCUAUCUGGAGAUGAGCCUGUGAAUUUUGGCCUUUGGCUUUUCUCUGGAAAUUUUCUUUUUCAUGGGUAACAGUAGGCAGAAACUAAAAGUUAAACAGAUUUAACAAAAAAAAUCUGUAAGUGGCCUUAUAAUUGUAACAUGUUAAAGAAAACAAAUGUUUGCAAAGACCUUAUCCCUUUCAAUAUUUCAGGUAUCUUUCUCUGUAUCCUGUAACUCAAGAUGUAGCUGCCAUGUGUAGAAGAGGGACUCCCAAAUGCAAGCAAUGUGGCAGAAGCAGUCAAAGACUGAUAAGUUACCAUACUCAGAACUGUUUUUUUUUUUUCUGGGAAAAGUGACUCAACACUUUUUUGAUGCACAGUUGAGAUACCCACAUAUCAGUGGCAGAGACAUCACAAGGCUCAGAAGAGCAGCAGUGCACUCCCUGAGAAUCUCUGGAUAUAAUUUUGCAUGGUGUAGUCAUAAUAGCUUUUGAGCUUUUUAUAUGCAUUUGGCACCAAGACUGGGAUCCACAACUUUAUAGACACUGCAAUGAAGUUACCAUAGUAGCUAGACUCUAAAUAGUGUUUGUAAUUACACACACGUACAUACACAGACACACACAUACACACAUAUACACAUUAACAAAUACAUACAUGUAUUCUGUAAAAAAAUCUUUUUUAAGAUCCUUGGAUAUGUGUUUGCUUUACUUCAUUGCAGAAGAAAAUCACUUUUCUUCUAAUAAAUUAUUUUACAGCUUCUCUAUUUUUUAAAGCUGUGAGAAGUGUUGAGAAAAAAAACAACAAAAAAAAAACAAAAUACUUUUGGCUGUGCUUGCAGAAGGGUGGGAUCUGAUCCCUGUUCUAGGAACUUAAAUCAUGUCACUUUAUAGCAGCAGCCGCUUGAGCCAAGAAGUGAGGGUAUAGAGGGAUUCCACCUGGACCUCUGAUGAGUAGUGGCUGUUAUCCACACACAGAGCUCUUAAAAACAAACAAGAAAAUUAAUUUCUUAUCAACUUAAUAAACCAUUAAUUUUCUCAAUAGUUCUGUCUUUCCAAAUUUAAAUGCUUCGCAGAGAGUUCAUGGUGUUGACGCCUUGAUGACAGCCCUGUAUUAGUCAUUUUCAGAUAUGUCUGUGACACCUCAAUAGCCCUCCUCCAUCAGUCCUUGCAAAGAACAGACUCAAUGCAGUGGAAUCAUCUUUAAAACAAAAGUCACUCCUGCUCACCAAUCCUAGGACUGUUGAAGGGUUGUGAUGUCAGUGCCAGGACCCACUCACUGCCCAUGAAUCUCAGAUAAACUGGGAAGUAUAACACGGUAAUAUUCCCAUUAAGCUUUAAGUGACAUGUCCAUCUGCAGUAUUGUGUGUUUUGAUGCCAACAUGGGGACAGCUUCAACUAUUCCCAUCAAAAGCACUUCUCCUCUUUUGAAAUGUAGAGUUGACAAUUUCACCAUUGAGAUAAUCUCAGAGGGGACCGGCACAUUGAGGUUGUAGGUGUAUGCCCCAUGUAAUGUAAACACAUCUUGAAAAGAUGUGUCAAGUCUUGAAUCUCUGUGCUUAAAAGCAUAAGCCUACUACAAUUCAUUUUUUAACCCUCCACUUAAUAAUCAGUUCAUAUUUCUGGGCAUUUUCUGUAAGCCAACUAAACCACUGGUAAAAUAUUUUGUUGCUCUUGGAAUGAAUGCUGGCUUUCAUGUCAGUGUGAACUUUCUAUGAGAGUAACAUUGACUCUAUGGGCAAAGAACUGCCCUGGUGGAGUAAAUUUCCCAGGACACUGGCGAGUGUGCCUUGGACUGAUUACCUCUUCUACUGCAUUGAAAGGUGCCAUGUUUUCCUGAAUGACUAAAUCCCCCUCACCUUGUAAGUAACCUUCCAGAGUGGCUCACAUACCUCUCCUAGGGAUGGCCCACAAACAUGUCAUUUGUGACUCAUUUUUCUACUUCCCAAGUCAGUAGAUGUGCUCAAGGUAAGUACAGGAUUGUUCUAGUAGGAAUAGGCGGUUGCUCUCCUGAUUGAUAUCCAUAUCGAUUUCAUUUCAUUGUAAAGAUAAACUUAAACCCGGUUUUGCUUAAGCACAUUGAUGUAAUUUUUUGGUAUUAUUUGACAUGAAAAAAAAACAGCAAAAUUGAGUGACAGAUACAAUAUGAAACUUGUUGAAUGAAUUCAAAUUUAUUAAAAAAGGACUAACUGACAAAUGUGAAGACUAAUUUUUUUUUCUUUUCCUUAACUUUCUCUUGAUGAAUGGUGUGGUUAUUUUAAUCCAAAAUUGUUUAAUUGCACAUGUCCACUUGGGUUAUAUGAAAAUAAAAUGAAUGUAAAGCCUUAAA